AUGAGACUGAAAUUCCUCUUCUUCCUUCCAGUAGCCCUUGCUUGGUGGAACUGCGAGCUUCCUAGAGGUGCUGGCGAUAACGGCCGCUGCAUCGACGGAGUCACGGGCAACUGGGAUGCUUGUUCGGCGGUAUGUGUUCUUCUAUCCUUGCUUCUCCUUUCCACUGCUAAUAUUCAUUGCGUGUUCAGAGUAACCCUUGCCGAAGCCAAGGAAAUGGGUGCAGCCCUCAGGGCGCCGGAAUUGCGAACUGUUCCUGAAGAGACUUUAGUGGUCUUGAGUUAUACUUUACAGUGGGCUACCGCUCCGUCCUUCGAGUGA